AUGCUUGAUCCUCAAUUCUGCUCUUUCGGGGUCCCGGUGCCCCCAAAAUGUCUCCCUUCACCAAGAACCGUCGCCCGUGUAGCUUCAAACGGCCGUCGACAGGGUGUUGCAACGGGGACGCCGUUUUCUUUACGUCGAGGGCUCCAGCGCUUCGAAACAGUUUUAGAUGACGUCGAAUUAAAUAGUAAUAAGUUCUCCUCUCCAGGACGUCGAUCCUCAUCUCGUACUCACCCGAUAACUUAUCCUGCCUGCGAUCCUCCAUUAUGUUCAGAUUGCCGUCAGUUUGAUGCCAAGUUGUCCCCUGUUGGAAGCGACGAUGAUGAUACCUUCAAAUUGCUAUUGGAUCCAGAACGUCCACUGACACCUGAUGUAAGUGAUGAGGACGUUGUGCGCAUGAUGUUGACUGCGGCGGCAGCCAACGGUUCUGGUGGCUUCAACGGAAAGCUGAGAGGGGCGUGGUGGUGUGAAAAAUGCGUUUCUCUUUUGUCAUCUCCGGAUGUAGGCAUCGGAAAUUUGUUUGCUCUUCUGAGACAGUGGACCCCCUGCACUCAACUUCAAAUUGACACAAUUGUCAUGGAGGUGAGUGAUUUCUGUAGUGACUUCGAUCGUUGUUUACCUCUCUCUUUAUUCCAGAUUCUAAAACGUGGUGCCCACGUGGACGAUCGUGAUGGAAUGACCGACAUGACUCUUCUUCACUACACAGCAAAAUCUGGAGCCCUGGGGAAUGAAGAUUUGGCCUGCAAGUGA